AUGAAUGCUUUGUUUCUGCUCUUUAUAGUUGGAGUCUUGCAAGGGUCUCACUCACAGACUGUCUACGUAUCUCAGAUCUCUGCAGUGACCACCACAGAAGGUAGCUCAGUCACCCUACAGUGUAACUACACCCUCAGUGAGGGAGAGAUGGCAAUCAAAGGCUGGUUAAAAUGGUAUCGACAUUUUCUAAAUGGGCCUGAGGUCUCUGAUAAGAACCCAGAUUUUAAAGGACGAGUUGAGAGAACAAGUCAGAGCGAUUUCUUCAAUAAAAGAUCAGCCAAUAUCGUGUUGCACAGAGUGGAACCCACAGACACUGGGAUGUACAUCUGUAAUGUUGCCUUUAGCCUUGAGAAAUCAGCAUACGGCAACGGGACAUUCCUUAAUGUGACAGGGUCUCACUCACAGACUGUCUACGUAUCUCAGAUCUCUGCAGUGACCACCACAGAAGGUAGCUCAGUCACCCUACAGUGUAACUACACCCUCAGUGAGGGAGAGAUGGCAAGCACAGGCUGGUUCAAAUGGACGAGUUGA